AUCGCAGGCACUGCGGCCGGCUUGUAAUCACGCCUGUCGCGGUGCUCGUGACCUAGGGAUCGUUUAUGCUUCAUCGCAUCAUUGCUUGAGCCCUGUAGUUGUGGCUGCACAGAAUUGCGUGCACGCGCUGUGCCCCGCAGUCACGUACUUGGCAGUGCCAGCAGCAGGGCAUUUCAGCGCUGCGCAGACGCACCGCCUGCAGACCCCGGGGCGUAGCUGCACCGCACAUAUCACCGCAGCGACCACAAAACCAUGGCCGGCGUCAAAGCAGUAAUACGACUGCGCUGCCCGGCGGGCGUGGCCAAGCCGGGCCCGGCCAUCGGCCAGGCGCUCGGCCCGCACGGCUUAAAUAUGAUGGACUUCGUGAAGGAGUUCAAUGCCGCGACGCAAAAAAUGGAGCCGAACUCGCCCAUCCCCGUCGUGCUGACCGCUUACGCGAACCGCACGUUUUCUUUUGUGACGAAGACGCCGCCGACCUCGUACCUCGUGCGGAAAGCGUUAGGUAUCGACAAGGGCGCCCAGAACCCGGGCGACGAGGUGGUAGGCACGCUGAACAUGGAGCAAGUAUCGGCCAUCGCCGAGGUGAAGAAAGGCGACGCGCAUUUAGCGAACAUUCCGUUCGACGCUUUGUGUGAUUCUGUGAUCGGUACGGCUCGAAGCAUGGGCGUGCUGCUGGCCGACGACGUCGACGACGCGUCGUCGUCGUCGUCUUCCUCUUCUUCGUCGGACGAGGACGAGGACGGCGAGCCGGGGAGGUGAUAUUAAGACUUAAAAGCAAUGUGCGCACAUCACGUGUGUAAUUUAUGAU